CUUCCAUUUAGUUAUUUCACUUAUCAACUGAAUCUAACACACUGAUUAUCACAGACACACUACUGCCUUCUCUCCUAUGAACGAAGAUACGACCAGCUCAUGAUCACAUACGUUCAAAGCAGAGCAUAUUCGUUUUCUAAAAUGGCUAACCGACGGAUAGCGCAUUUGGAUAAAAACCUCGAGCUGCCUAAAGUGUAGCGAAGGCUGUGUGUACGCCACUGGCAGCAAAAGGCACAAUAAAGUUGCGCCACCUUUUUAGACAUGGGUUGGCGGAGUGGAGCUCUUUGUACAUUGACUCCUCCAUACAACGGGACAAGGCAGCGAGUUCAUCAAGUAUAUAAGACGACACGGAUUGUGAGGUUUUUCAAGACUCAUCAACAAACAACAACAACAACAACAAGUAACAAUGGUCGUUCAACUCGGAGAUACCUGCAUCAUUCCUUCCCCCAAGAAGUUCAUGGGCGACAGACGCACUGUCCAUUGGAGCCAAGACUGGGGUACGCAAAAGUCUGUCGACUUCUGCUUCAUUCCCUUCACCUGCCCUAAGGAUAGCUCUGGUGCUUUCUUGGCUGUUGAAAUCGCUAAGAUGAAGGAGUUCCAACAAUCGUGCAAGGAGACUCCCUCUGAUCCCGAUGACUGGACCUGCGAUGAAACCACUUACCAGUUCACUGUUGAUCAGAGAUUCAAGUACGGUCAGAACAACGAACAAACUUGGAGAUUCUUGGUCUUCCAGAACCCCGAUUACAAGCCCUUCCAGCACAGAUUCUCUGAAGUCGCUGACAGCACCGAUGCCAUGACCUUCUUGGGUAACAUUAGCAAGAGCUAUGGCAAGUACGCUGAAAUGGUUCCUAACGGUGGCUCUGUCCUCUCUGCUCUCAAGUCCAUCGUCGGUGAUGAUCUUCAUAGCUUCUAAAUGAUACUGAUACCAAGAAAUGUAAUUUGUAAAAUCACUAGCUAGCUGAUGCCAACUUUUUGCUGUUGGCCGAAUUUUACAUUUCUUUCCCUAUGAUACCAAUUUAAUGAAAUGAUACUCAACAAUGCUUUGGGUUCUCUUCUUCGAUUUACUUAAAGCUGCC